AUGGUAUGUCAAGUCAAGUCAGUUUGAGUAUUUUCGAGUACUCUCGAGCAAACUGAUAGUUUGUAGACCACUUGCUAACACAUUGCAAAGGCGGGCGGAAUAAAAAAAAAGUCUUCAUUGAGGAACAAAUCCGAAAGGAAGUCGCAAUUGGCCAACAAGAUCUCCCAGUUCAAACAGGAAGCUCAGCUGCAGUCACAAUCGGCCGCAAAUGGAGCCUACCACGAGAAUCCUUUGCUCAAGAUUGCAAAAACCACCAAGAAACAGAAGCAGCAAGAAAAGAGCGACAAAUUCAUCGAUACUCUAGUCAACAAGGUGACAUUCAAUACUAGUGGCAAUCUAAGUAAGUCUUCUUUACGGCGGAAGAAGAGGAAAGAAAAGGAGCAUCUCAAGCCCAAAAUGGACGACCUUUUGCACAAUUUGCCCACGGAGGACACCGAGGCCGCAUCAGCUAGCCGCGGCGGUGUGACAAGAUUGGUGACCCACAAGGCACAAAAGGCACAAGACAAUAAAUACCUCGAGUCAAACAAGAGCAAUUUGAAUAAGCCAAACCCGACUAAAAGGCGCGGCUACAAGCAGAUAAUGAAGGAAGAGAACAAGAACUUUAGCAGCGUGUUGAAGAACCCGCAAUUUAGAGCCCUACCCUUUGACGCUUUGAAGAAUGCCAUUAAACAGAAUAUGGAAAAGUGA